GCAUGGCUGACUUUUCAAACAAAAGAUCCACAAGAUUUUUGUGCAGCAUAGAUACUAAAACCAGAGGAAACAAAAUGAAAUCCUCAAGGGACCAAUUCCAAUGAUAAUGUUUUGUGAAUUAAAACAACAUCCCUCAGCAAAGGUCUGAAAUGUAUCCUUCAAAUAGGUCUGGAGCCAUUCCAUUACAGAACUCACAUCCUAAUACAGAGAAAUGGUUUGCAAGGAUAUGAUGUUGGAAGAUAGACAUUGGGAGAUUAAGAGAAAUCAUGGCUGAAUCACGGAAACAGGUUCCAACUAUGAUUUGAUUGUACUUUCAACUGGAAACUAAUGAAGAUCUAUUGUUUGAAUCCUUAUAGUCAUUUGUGUGCUAUAGUACCAAAAAUCAUUAUAUCUAUAAUUAGUAUAUUUUUCAGAUGGGCCCCAGUAAAAUCAUGAGAAUCCAUGAGCAUACAGCAGGCUCCAGGCCUUUCUAUUUAUUUAAUUUGUUUGUUGUCUGCCUUCCAAAGAUUCUAGGCAACUUGCAAGUAAAAAUACUGAGGGAAAAAAGCCUACACAAUUGUAGGAGGGGAUCACUAAUCCUUACCAAAGUCCUGGAAGAAGAGUCAGUUCUUCAAGCUCCUUCAAAACAUCAGUAGAGUGGGCAUCUGGCUCUUCAGGGAAUCUCAUUCCAGAAGAUAGGUGCUGCUAUAGAAAAGACUUCCAAGUUCCCAACAGAUGUCAUUGUUUAAACAAAGGAACCUAGAGUAUACCGUGUACCAGUCCUCCUAGAUUGAAUCAGUUAUGCAGAUGAGAGAGGUUAAUGUUUUAUGGUAUGAAUAGUGCCAUAAAUACUUGGAUAUAUAAUUAUUGUGAUUCAAUCUGUGCAUAUCUAUUCUUUGUCAGUAAUUUCAGCAAGAUCAGAGAUAAAAACUGCGAGGAUUUUUGGUAAUCCAUAUUUAAAUCCUUAUUUUUCCUUCACUAUGGUUCCAGUGAAUAUAAUAGUAGUAUUCUGCAUGAAAGAUUUGCCAUUUUCAGGUGGACCCCGUGUAAGAAUCAUGAGAGGAUCCAAGCUGUUUCUCCUUGUCAGCAUCAAGAGAUACAUUCAUUGCCUAUCUAUUUUUUCUACUGGAAAGUUGAGUCUUUGUGGUAUAAGAAUAAAAACAGUCUCCAUAUGACUGUAUUCACAGGACAUGCUUAAUCAGAUCAGGUAAAGAUUAAGCAGAUGCAUUCACACAUUACUUUGAUCUUUGGAUCUUACUGUCUUGCAUGAACACAGCUUGUGAAUCCAACAGGCUUAAUCCGGUUCCUGAAUGUGUACAACACAAUCUCUCCACACCUCUAUCCUCACUCUACUUACAAAACUGGGUUAAGCCUGUUGCAUGACAUCUCUCUCUCUCUCUCUCUCUCCCCUCUGCCCCCAGUCUUGCUCUCCUUACUUCUUCACCACAUCUUCCUCUGCCCACCGAGGGGUUAAUCGUUCUGCCACUCGUCGUCUCAGCAGUUGGGGCUCUGGCUCGUGGGCGCUGUCCACCAAUACGGUGCUGAAAUGGCAAGCGGGUCCUCCUUUGCUGGCUCGCUCUGCCAACCGAAAGUAGUUGGAAGUCUAAGUCAAUCGAUGAUGAAGACGCGCAAGGGAAGGAGCGGAGGCUGCAGCUGAGGCGGAGCCAGAGCCAGUGCUCUGUCGCGUCCCUUCUGAGCCCGCCGAUGUCUCUUCUCGAUCGAGGCAGCGGGACUUCCCGCUGGGACUGGGAAUAUUGUACGGGGAAACUAAGGCUCUCCCAGAGCUUGUCGAGCUGCGCUCCGAGUUGGGGAAGACUCGAGGUGUUGCUCCUGCUAAGUUCCUGCUUGGCUUUGGCUCCGGCUCCGGCUCCGGCUCCGGCUCCGGCUCCAGCAGCUGGCCAGCUACGCUACUCGGUACCCGAAGAACUGGACCACGGAGCCUUUGUGGCCAACAUCGCGGAAGACUUAGGUCUGGAUGUAUCCGAAUUAUCAGCCAGGCGGUUUCGUAUUGUGUCCCGGGCGGGGAGUAAGCAAUACCUGGAGGUGAAUCUGGAAAAUGGGAUCCUCUUUGUUAACGAGAAAAUAGAUCGGGAAGAGGUGUGCGAGGGCAGCAAGGCCUGCCUCCUGCACCUGCAGCUGGUCAUCGAGAGUCCCCUUGAGCUUUAUCGCAUCGAAGUGGAGGUGCUAGACAUCAACGACAAUGCACCCCGCUUCCCUUGGCAAGAAUGUGUGCUGGAAGUGACAGAAUCAGCACUACCUGGGGCUCGCUUUCCCCUGGAGAGUGCACAGGAUCCAGACGUGGGCACAAACUCCCUGCGUACUUACAGACUCAGCCCUAAUGGUUAUUUCUCGCUGGAGGUGCAGACUCGCAGUGACGGCAGCAAGUUUGCAGAGCUGGUGCUGGAGAGGAGUCUGGACCGAGAGCAACAGCGUAGCCACCGGGUCCUGCUCACGGCUUUGGAUGGUGGUAUCCCCGAGCGCUCGGGCACAGCUAGAGUUGUGAUCAUGGUGUUGGAUGCCAACGACAAUGUGCCAAUCUUUGAUCAGUCUACUUACAGUGUAAGCCUGCCGGAGAAUGCUCCUAAAGGGACUCUGGCUAUCAAGCUUAAUGCUACUGAUUUGGAUGAGGGAACCAAUGGCGAAAUUGAGUAUUCAUUCAGCGGGCACGCUCCACUAGGUGUGCGGGAGCUUUUCAGUGUGGAGCCCCACACUGGGCAGGUGCGCCUAAAAGGCCAAUUGGACUACGAGCGAGCUGAUCUUCAUGAGCUAUAUGUGCAGGCCAAGGACCGGGGCCCCUCUGCAGUUGCCAUUCACUGUCGGAUAUUGGUGCACCUCCUGGACGUCAAUGAUAACGCACCGGAGGUGACCCUCACUUCGGUCUCCACACCAGUUUUGGAGGACGCACCUCCCGGUACUGUCAUAGCUGUAAUCAGCGUGCUGGAUAGAGAUUCCGGAGAUAACGGCAAGGUGAGCUGCGAAAUCCCGACUGAUAUACCCUUUCAGCUUCAGUCGUCUUUUCACAACUAUUAUGCACUAGUAACUACUGCACCACUCGACCGUGAGACUGUGGCCGAAUAUAAUGUCAGUAUCACUGCCCAAGAUCUGGGGUCUCCAGCGCUGGCUACCAAGAAGACCCUGACAGUCCAGGUGUCUGAUAUCAACGACAACGCGCCCCGCUUCCUGCAACCCUCUUACAGCGUCUACGUGACUGAGAACAACGCUCCUGGGGCGUCGAUCUGCUCCGUCAGUGCGCUGGACCCAGAUUGCCAACAGAACGCUUACUUGUCCUACUCCAUCGCAGACGGCCAGAUCCAGGGCAUGCCAGUGGCCACCUACGUCUCCAUCAACUCGGACAGCGGGCACAUGUAUGCUCUGCGCUCCCUGGACUACGAGCAGAUUCGCAACUUCCAGAUCCAAGUCGUGGCUCAGGACGCCGGGUUCCCUCCUCUUAGCGGGAACGCCACGGUCCACGUCUUCGUGCUGGACCAAAACGACAACGCGCCCUUGGUCGUGGCUCCCAUGCCCCGCAAUGGUUCCGUGGCUGUGGAGGUGGUGCCUCGCUCAGCAGAGCCCGGCUACUUGGUGGGUAAAGUCUCCGCAGUGGACGCCGAUGCGGGACAGAACUCGCGGCUUUCCUACCGGAUAGUCCAGGCUACCGAUGCCAGCCUCUUCAGCGUGGCCCUCUACACGGGUGAAAUACGCACCGUCCGCGCCUUCCUGGCCAAAGACGCCCCGAAGCACCGUCUUCUCGUCCAGGUGCGGGACAACGGACAGCCCCCGCUCUCGGCCUCCGUGGCCCUGUUGCUCUCGGUGGUGGACAGCAUCCCAGAGGUGCUCUCGGACUUCCGCGAGCUUCCUCCGGGAGGCGAGACCGCUUCUUCCAGGCUUACCCUCUAUCUGAUCGCCUCUCUGGGCUCCGUCUCCUUCACUUUCCUGGUGGCCAUCGUUAUCCUCACGCUGGUCAAGUGCCCCAAGGAGCGGCUGACCUUCCCCGACUAUGCCUGCUCGCAAUUGUCUUGUGGCGGGGAGGGCUGCGGCUCCUCUGCCUUCUGCUGCUGCGGCGGCGGUUGCGGCUUGUGUGAGCGCUCGGCCCCAGCCUCAGACCGCUUCAAGAACUCCGGCAGCGUCAACGCCCCGGUCUCUUCGGGUGACUGCGGGGACGUCGGAGCCAGCGCAGGCCCUCCUGCCUAUUGCUAUAAAGUCUGCCUGAGCCCUGGAUCGGCCAAGAGCGACUUCAUGUUCCUGAAGGCUUGCAGUCCCGCCCCUCCGAGGAACAACGAAGCGGGCCCUCAGAACUUGCCGCCCGGUCCCGGCCCGAAAACCCGAGGGGCCAAUAACUCUCGGCAGCUCGCCGACCAGGUAAAACAGGCCAAUGCAGACUGGCUGCCAUCAAAACAACCAAUACUGAAGAGUUCACAGAGCCUAGAGGAUGUAGGAAAAGUUUGGAAAGGAGUUCAGAAAGACCAUGAUAGAUUAUGCACUUUGGUCACUCCAAUGUCUGAACAUAAGAAGACAUCUGGUCCCCCUAACAGCAUCCGGACCCCUCCAUAUGCACCCCUGUAUUUACAACAUAUUUCUCCUCUGGAUUAUCAACACAACGUAUAUAUUCCAGGAACCCCAACAACAUCUACCAAUAAGGACGGCUCUGUAUUUCUGGAGCAGGAGGCUAAAAACAGCUUCUCCACGUUUGGAAAGAGGAAGAAAAUGAUCAAUUAUUCUGAUAAGCAUGACAACAUGGUUAUUAACAACCUGAAAUAAAGUUUCUUUUGUAGACCAGCAGGCAUUGCAAACCAUGCCUAAAUAUUUCUGUGGCGCUGGAGAUCUCUGACUUUAACUCUGUAUGUGAUUGUACAUAAUAUAAGGGGCCAAGAGUUCUUACCUACAAGCUACUUCCCCUGAAAAGACGGCAAAAAAUGAAUGACAGUAAUGUCAAGACAUAGUAAUGACUGUAAUUUAUAAUGCAUGGAUAUGUCUCCAUUGACAAAGGUGAAUGCUAUCUCUUGGAAUUGGAGAAAGGAAAAAAACGAAAGUAAAAUAGAAUGGACAUAACAUAACAUUCCCUCCUCCCCCCUCCCCCCACCCCCCAUUUUAUUUCAGAAUUCUGGUGGCUGCUUUGUGUGGAGAAUGCAACACGACUGGCAAGUUGAAAAAGAACAUAAAUGAAUCACUUGUUUUACACUAUUGAAUAUAAUAAAUGAUUGGGAUUGGGAUUGUCUGAAAUUCAAAGAGGCCAUGGUAUACACCUUUCAAUUUUUAGCAACUUUCCCCCAUUUUGUAGAUGAAGUAAUUCUUUUUAGACUGUGAAUGUUUCAACACUGCCUUUCAUUUUGUUGUGUUGUUAGCACAUUUAGCAAUGUGGAAAAUUAUGGAAAGCUAAAACUAUUUUUUGAAACAUAGAGUUUGUGAGGGUAGAGGUAAUGCUUAGCAGAAAUGCAUCUAUUUAUUUCAUAUAUUUCACCCACUGAUAAAAACAUUUUCUCAUUAUUACAUACACUUGGAUUUAAAACAAAGCAUCAUUUAAAAUGGGCUUUUUAAAGAACUGAACUUUUGAACAAGAAUUGUAAUGUUACAUGCAUGUACAACAGGGGUGGAGCUUUCAGUGCAACCCCAUGGUGUUGCUUUAUCAUUCUGAUAAAAGCAGCAAGCUCCUACAGAGCCCCAUGUUAAAUGCACACACUUCCAAGUUGAAGUAUAGAACAAAUAAUCCUACAACUAAUAAUAUAUGUUAUGCUUUAUUUUGAAUCCAUUAUGCAUUUCCAAUGAAUGUUUUCUAAUGGAAUGAAGUUGGCAAGGAGCCAGUACUAUAUCCCAGUGGUGGGUUGAUCCCAGUUUGCCCCGGUUCAGGUGAACUGGUAGUGGCGGUGGCGGGAGGCUCUGCCCACCUGCCCAGACGUCAUCAAAAAUGAUCUGAAAGUGAUGCGCGCUCACUACCUAUAGCGAACCAGUAGUACCAGGUUUUGAAACCCACUACUGCUAUAGCCCCUAAAGAUAUAUUGUGGAGGGAAAACCCUCCAAGGAGAAUGAAUGUUUUUGAUAUCCUUCCAGACUCUGCUAAGCAAUUUUAGCUAUCUUCUGAAUAGCAAUUCUAUGAGACUGUUAUAUUCUAUUGAAUGGAUGUUAUAUUUUGGACCAAUCUACAGCCAAAUCGUUAUCGCUUUCCUUCUCCCUUCAGCUAAUUUUAAAGGGUUUUGAAUACAAAGCCACCAGUGGUGGGUUGCUCCCGGUUCUGACCGGUUCUAUAGAACCGGUAGUAAAACUCGCGGGAGACUCCGCCCACUGACCCUGAUGUCAUCAGAAGUGAUCUGCACAUGUGCAGAAGCUUCUCACACGUGUGCGCGAUCCCGUUGCAAACCGGUAGUAAAGGUAAGUAGAACCCACUCCUGAAAGCCACUAUUUUUACUAGACACAACUAGACACAAAGGAGAGCUGAAAGGAGAAUAAGAAUUAAUUCUAUUCUAGUGCUCUAAUAUUGGGAAUAAAUUCUAGCCUACUCUUCUGAGGCUGGGCAAGAUGAGUAGGAACGUUUUGGGACAUAUUAUAUGUAUUCACCACCAUUGCAACUAACCCUGAUGAACACCAAAGAGAGAUGAAAUGGCUAUAAAAAUGGUUCUGUCAGAUCACAUUAUCAGUAUUUGCAUAUAUGCACAAUUUUGCCCUAUGGACAAAAUCAAAAGAAACCCACGAGUUUCCAACUUAUUGUAAAACUUGAUGUAGGAUAUAUAAUGGGAGAAAGAGGCUGAUAGAAUUAGAACUUAACACAAUAGAUCUUCAUUAUACUACAUUAUCAGUUUGUUCUUUUCAUAGGCAUUCCAGAUUUAAAUAUUUGAAAUUCUACCCUUAUUUUUCACAAGAUUGGCUUCAGCAACAAAUUAAUUGCAGAUCAGGUCCAUUGGGUGCAUUGGUUUAAUUUGUGUGUAUUUAUGUGUAUGCGUGUGAGUAUUUUUUUUCCCCUUAAAAACAGUCUUUGACCUAUAUGCAUGGAAACAGUCUGCCAGAAUCACAGAAAGAAAAAUUGAUUGCAUUUGAAUUAUAGUUGACUGCUUUUUGAAUAAUACAUGCAGUGCAUGUUUGAUUUAUAGUAAUAAAUUGUUCUUUAAUAAUCCCAAA